UUCGAUAUAGAAAUAAUUUCCACAAAUCCAAACAAACAAUCAAACAACGCUCAAACCCUAAUCUCUGCUUAAUCUAUACAUGCACAUAUAGAUACAGUCUUCGAUACCCGACUCGGAUUGACUUGAUCUCCUCCCAUUCCGUUGGAUCUGCCGCCAUUUCUGCUUCGAUCCGGCUGGUUCAGUCACUCAUUGUUUCAAUUGCAUCCGAGACGUUGAUAUCUCGGGAGGAGAUUAUCUGGCAUCCAUGGACGCGAUCGAGGAAUUGUCGCAGCUUUCCGAUUCGAUGCGGCAGGCGGCGGCGCUGCUUGCUGACGAGGACGUGGAUGAGACGCCGUCUGCUUCUUCUUCCAAACGCCCCUCCACUUUCCUCAAUGUUGUUGCUCUCGGAAACACUGGCGCAGGUAAGUCUGCUGUGUUAAAUAGUCUAAUCGGGCAUCCUGCGUUGCCAACUGGUGAAGGUGGUGCUACUCGUGCUCCCAUAGUUGUUGAUUUAACAAGGGAUGCCUCCAUGAGCAGUAAAUCAAUCAUUCUGCAGAUUGAUAGUAAAUCACAGCAAGUUUCUGCAAGUGCUCUCCGGCAUUCAUUACAGGACAGAUUGAGCAAGAGUUCAGGCAAGAGUCGAGAUGAGAUAUAUUUAAAACUUCAAACCAGUACAGCUCCCCCAUUGAAAUUGAUAGAUUUGCCUGGAGUGGAUAAGGGGAGUCUUGAUGAUCCACUGAGUCAAUACGCUGAACGCAGUGAUGCAAUAUUAUUGGUUGUGAUACCUGCUUCCCAGGCCCCGGAAGUGGCCUCAGCUAAAGCAAUCAGAAUUGCAAAGGAGCUUGACGGAGAAUUUACGAGAACUGUUGGAGUUAUUAGCAAGAUAGAUCAAGCAUCUUCAGAACCAAAAGUCCUAGCUGCUGUGCAGGCUCUUUUAUCGAACCAAGGACCCCGAAGUACAUCUGAUAUUCCAUGGGUUGCUUUGAUUGGUCAAUCUGUCUCUAUAGCAUCCUCACAAUCGGGGAGCGUUGGUGCCGAUAAUUCCUUAGAAACUGCAUGGCGAGCAGAGACUGAAAGUUUGAAAUCUAUACUGACUGGAGCCCCUCAAAGCAAGCUUGGGCGAGUAGCCUUGGUAGAGACCCUGGCUCAACAGAUCCGAAGUCGUAUGAAAGUUAGACUUCCUAACCUUCUAUCUGGGCUCCAGGGUAAGUCCCAAAUAGUACAGGAUGAACUAGUCAGACUUGGUGAGCAGAUGGUUCACAGCUCUGAGGGUACAAAGGCUUUAGCUUUGGAGCUUUGCCGUGAAUUUGAGGACAGAUUCCUCCAGCACAUCACAACUGGGGAGGGUUUUGGAUGGAAAGUUGUUGCUAGUUUUGAAGGAAAUUUCCCCAAUAGAAUCAAGCAAUUGCCUUUAGAUAGACAUUUCGACAUCAAUAACAUAAAGAGGAUUGUUCUUGAAGCUGACGGUUAUCAACCUUAUCUUAUAUCUCCUGAGAAAGGGCUGAGAUCUUUAAUAAAGGGUGUUUUGGAGCUUGCUAAAGAACCUUCACGUCUUUGUGUUGAUGAGGUGCACAGGGUACUUGUUGAUAUCGUAACAGCUGCUGCGAAUGCCACACCAGGCCUUGGAAGAUAUCCUCCAUUUAAGCGAGAGGUCAUAGCGGUUGCCUCAACUGCUCUUGAAAGCUACAAAACUAAUGCAAAAAAUAUGGUAGUAGCACUUGUUGACAUGGAACGCGCAUUUGUUCCUCCCCAACAUUUUAUCCGAUUGGUGCAGAGGCGGAUGGAUAGACAGCGGCGUGAAGAGGAGCUGAAAGGUCGAUCUUCCAAAAAGGCUCAUGAAGCCGAGCAGUCCAUGUUAAAUAGGGCAACAAGUCCUCAAACUGGAGGCCAGCAGAGUGGGGGUGGCUUAAAGUCUAUGAAGGACAAUAAAUCUAGUCAACAAGAUAAAGAAAAGGAUGUGCAAGAUGAACCAGUCCUAAAAGUUGCUGGGCCGGAAGGGGAAAUAACUGCAGGCUUUUUGUUGAAGAAAAGUACCAAAAACAGCGGGUGGAGCAAAAGAUGGUUUGUUCUGAACGAAAAGACUGGAAAACUUGGAUACACCAAGAAACAGGAAGAACGGCAUUUUCGUGGUGUUAUCACUUUGGAGGAAUGUAACCUGGAAGAAGUUUCAGAGGAAGAAGAAUCUCCUCCUACAAAGAGUUCUAAAGACAAAAAGGCAAGUGGUCGUGAUGCAGGAAAAGGACCCAAUCUUGCAUUCAAGCUAACAAGCAGGGUUCAGUAUAAGACUGUUCUUAAAGCUCAUAGUGCUGUUGUUUUGAAGGCUGAGAGUAUGCAAGAAAAGACCGAGUGGUUGAGUAAGUUAAGAAAUGUAAUCAGUUCUAAAGGAGGUCAAGUGAAGGGUGAAACUGGUCCUCCAAUGCGGCAAAGUCUUUCCGACGGAUCUCUUGAUACAAUGGCCCGAAGACCUGCAGAUCCUGAGGAAGAACUUCGAUGGAUGGCUCAGGAAGUGCGUGGUUAUGUUGAAGCUGUUCUGAACAGUCUUGCUGCUAAUGUUCCAAAGGCGGUUGUACUUUGCCAAGUAGAGAUGGCAAAAGAAGACAUGCUUAAUAAACUGUACAUUUCUGUCAGUGCCCAAAGCACAGCUAGAAUAGAAGAGUUGCUCCUCGAGGACCAGAAUGUAAAGCGCAGGCGAGAACGCCACCAGAAACAAUCCGCUCUUCUCUCCAAGCUUACUAGGAACUUAAGCAUUCACGACAAUAGGGCAGCAGCAGCCUCCAGCUUCUCCAAUAACGGAGCAGAGAAUAGUCCAACUGCCACGGGUCCAUCCUCAGGCGACGACUGGAGAAUGGCGUUUGAUGCUGCUGCCAACGGUCCAAGUGAUUCGUAUGGGGAUUCUAGAUCCAAUGGUCAUAGUCGAAGGUACAGUGAUCCUCCACAAAAUGGUGAUGUGAGCUCAGGGGCAAACUCUGGUAGCCGUCGCACCCCUAACCGACUGCCACCUGCUCCUCCUUCAUCCAGCUCUAGUUAUAGAUCUUAGAAUAUGAGGGGGUGAUUUCGACGAAAAAUCUGUUCAUGCAUUCUUACGAGUGGUUGCUUUAUUUGUGUGACGAGCCACUCUGAUUGAUCUGAAAUCUAGAAUUGGUAUAGUUCUGUAGAUAAAUACUCCACGAUUGAUGUGUCAUUUAUGUUGCAUUUUUUGUAUCGGCCGUUGCCUUAUAUUGAAGUUUCUAUACUCGGAUGUAAUGUGUGUUCUCUUCAAGAGAAUAUUAACAUUUUCUCUA